CUCGAUGAAGAUGGGGGUAUAUAAGAGAAGAUCCUGUCUAUCUUUUUAUUAUUCGUGCAAAACACACAGCUCAAGCAACAACCCUCCAAGCAAUAAAAUUUCAAGCAUCAUGAAAUUCGCGAUCUUAUUUGUCGUUAUGUUCGUUGGCUGUGCCAUCGCUGCGCCCCAAAGUGACGUGCAAUUAUUGAAAUUCGAAAAUAACGUCGAUGGCGAUAACUACAACUUUGCCUAUGAGCAAUCGGAUGCCCAGAAACGCGAUGAAUCUGGAACUUUUGAGGCAGGCGCUGAACCUGAAAAGGGAGAAAUGAAGGUUGUUGGCGAAUAUUCGUACCAAAUUGAUGGAAAAACUGUCACAGUUACAUACACUGCCGACGCCAAUGGAUACCGCCCCAAGGUCUCAAUCUCAUAAAUUCUGCCAAUUGUGAGAAAUCAUUUGAAUUAAAAAAAAAAUUAAAUAAAAAAUUUGUGUGAAAAUGUGAA